AUGAAUAAUAUUCAUUUUAUAUCAGUAUCUGGGGAAUUGGUUCAUUGUUAUUUUAAUCCCAACUGCAAAACCGCAUUUCCUUCCCAUAAAAAAAAUCCGUGGGUACCCAAAACAUGAUUAAAAAAGAAAUCCCUUUUUGAAUCAAGUGAGGAAUGGAUGGUAUAUUCCUGGGAUAUUUUCUUUUUGGAUUUUUCAAAGCAGUGGCAGCUUACGUUAUAACCACUGAAGCAGGACAGUCUUACACCGACUUGGCGACAUACGGGAUAACUGCGGUAAACAGGACUUCCCUACUCCUCAAUGUUAAGGGGUGCGACAAUGCCCAUAUAGGGAUAUACCAAAAUGGCGGCGUACGUCAGAAUAUGGUGGAGUUUGUACUAGGGGCCAGAAUGAAUGAUGGAUACGACAUCCGAGAAUAUGUCAACGGCGCUUUGCCAGUCUACCAGGUCAGUAAGAAAGGUGUUCUUCUGGACUGUAACGAAUUCAGGGCAUUCUGGAUUUCCUGGGGUCUGACGCCUGCGGGUCACAGGAGCUGGUUGUUGGGCCUUGGUCACGAGGUUUUCUCUGACGUCAUCGCAAACUUCACGAACACACAGCCAGACAACGGUGAUUGGGUUUCGAUCGGGAUCGCACCCUAUUUUUAUAGUUCACUGCAAUGGGAGUUUUAUAUAGAGCAACAAACCACUACUGAAUCUUCUUUGUUAUCAACUGACACAAAUGAAUUAGCAACUGUAAACGAUACACUGACUACUGACACAAAUGAAUUAGCUACUGUAAACGAUACACUGACUACUGACACAAAUGAAUUAGCAACUGUAAACGAUACACUGACUACUGACAAAAAUGAAUUAGCUACUGUAAACGAUACACUGACUACUGACACAAAUGAAUUAGCUACUGUAAACGCUACACUGACAAGACUGGAUCACUCGCAGUUCACUACUGAACCGUUGAAAGCAAACUUUUGCGGAACUGAAACCUGUGCCUGCAAAACAAUGGCAAACUUCACUGAAGAGGAUCUCAUCGAGUUCGUAAAAAACAUAAGCAGGAUACUGAAGGUGGACAAAAAGCAGACCAGUUUGUAUCGCCGGUCACUUAUAUCUGUCAGGGAGGAGCGUACCUCUGCCCAGGUGAUCGGCAAUGUCGGACUAAUAUUCAUUGUGGCAGUUGUCGGGGGGAUAUGUGCUCUAGACAUCUCACGUUUUCUACGCUCUUCUAUAUAUAUUUUGGGCAAGGAUGAUGUGAUUUCUAGGGGAAAAUCAGCAGCCUAGAAGAUGGCUGACAUUCAAAGAAACAAAUUUUGUUUACGUUAUCAUAAAUCAUCUAGUUGAUUUGGGAUACCUGUCAAUAUUAUUGUGUAUAAGAGUACAUUAUAAUCGAAAUGCUUUCAACGGUUUAUAAUUUUUAAAUUUUUACAACUUUUGACCAAAAAAAAGAGUUGUCAACAUUUUUGAAAGGACUAAAUUGUAAAAACCCCCUGCGGGAUUCGAACUCAUGACGUACAAAUUCGUAGUUUGCGCUCAUUACCCAUUGCUUGAUUUUGUUUAAUUCGAUAGGAAGUACGUCACAAUAUGGAAGUGUCCCAUACCGCCUUAAAUGUAUUUUUU